AUGCGCGACUGGGACCACUUCAUCAAACAAACUCCCUGGUUUCUCAAACCAGAUGAAAUCGCAACAGUUGGCGAAGAGAAACCGUGGUCGCGGAGCCCAGUCGCGGGAUUACCCCGUCUCUCAGCACUCCUAGCAUCUGCGACUCUAACCCCAGUCUCCGUAUCGGAUAUGGAAUACGAGCUCGUGGCCUGGGGGCCGCCGUCCGCGCGUCAAGGCUGGCUCUGUCACCCGCCUCCAGCGGCAAGUCCAGGACAUGUUUACCCCAUUCACAGCCAUUUUUGGUCAGUUUGCGGCGGGAUUGUGGAGCGGUUUGGGGAGAAAGACAAUUCCGAAUCCGAAGGGCAAGAUUGGUGGUUGAACCAUAAUGAGAUUUUGACGGUAACAGCUAGUCAAGUAUCUGUGUCUGAGCCGCUGGAUGCGUAUUCCUGGAUUUGGGAGGAAGGGGGACUGACGAUUCCUAUUACGCCAGAGGAGUAUUAUGUCGUCGCUGUGGAAGCGAACGCGAAUUUGACGCUGGUGCAUCGGGAGAGCGGCGAGUUAAUUCUUUUUGCGCCGGAUCAUGCGUUUGAGGGUGUCACGGUUUUGCCUGGGUGCCCAGACCGCUCUUUGUUUAUAAUUGAUAAUGUCCCUGAUCUGGCAUCCUGGAUUGAGGACUGCGUUCUGAAAUCCUUCCCAUAG